UUCUACUCCACAGAUUCGUAGAUUAGCACAAGAUGGUGAUCCCGGGGAAAGAGCGAGAUUUGUUCUCGGUAAAACCAUUUGUUGAGAAAAGCAAAGUCAAGAAGAAAAAGGCCAAGGGUAAUAAGGGGGAACUUGGCUUCAAGAAACUUAAAGCAGAGCACAAAAAAUUAACAGAUGUACAACACACACCGUUACUCUAUGAUAACAUCGUAGAAGGUCAGGUAAUCUUGGGAUGUAUACAAGAAGUGCACGAUUAUGAGCUGAAGGUCAGCCUCCCCCACCGUUUGUCCGGCACUGUGCCCAUCACGAAGAUCAGCAAAGCAUACACAGAGCUUGUGAAGAAGAUGGCAGAGGGAGAGAGCCAAGAGGAUGAAGAAGUAAGCGCGUUGCAAGACUUAUACCGACCUGGGCAGUUUGUGGUAACCUCUGUGGCCAGUAUUGAGGACAUGGGCAGUUGGAAGAAAGUAAGUCUCUCGCUGAUGCCACAAGAUGUAAACUCAUCACUCAAUGCGCCACUUCUGGAAGUGGGCUUUGUGCUGCCUUGUGCUGUGGCCAGCGUAGAGGACAACGGCUUCAUCAUGGACACAGGCAUUGCCACUAUGCGGGGGGCGUUCUUACCCCACAAAGCAGCGCAAGGUGCAGACAUUGUGGGUGUGGGAAAUGUGUUGCGGUGCAUGGUGACCAAGAUCAGUGGCGAUGUGGAGAAGGGCUGGUGGAAUGUAGUCCUGUCUGCCAAGCCAAAGGCAGUGAGGGAGGCCACGCUGCCCCUCAUUUCCACCACCAACAUGUCCAUGGUGAUUCCUGGGACGGCUGUUGAUACUGUUGUGUCUAAGGUGGAAGAUUAUGGGCUAAACAUCAUCCUGGCCGAGUAUGAUGGCGUUGUGAACCGCAUUCACCUGAAGAAGCCCUUUGACAUCAUUCACCACUACCAGGAAGGCAUGAAUGUGAAGGCCAGGGUGCUGUACACGACGCCUAUGAACAAAGUCGUGCAUUUCACCCUGCAGAAGAACAUUUUCUCCGAAGGCCCGGAUGAGAAACUGUUCCACGAGCUCAGAGAAGGGGACAUCGUGGAAGACGCUGUGGUCUAUGAGUCAAGAUCGGUGGGGAUAUCCCUCAAGCUGAAUGACAGGUGUCGCGGGUACUGUCCCUGGAACCGUCUUAUGGAUGGUGACAAACCCCCCAAGCACAUGAAGAAGGCAUUUCCUAUAGGCCGUAAAUUGCUGUGCAGGUUUCUCAAAUACUCCUACAUGGCCCAGAUGUAUAUUGUCUCCUUGGAGACGGUGCUAGAACAGCAGUUACUUGGCUACAACGAGGUGGAAGUAGGCACAAAACUGAAAGCAACCGUCAAGGGUUACAAUGACUACGGGGCACAAGUGGCCCUCAGCAAGACAGUUAGUGGCCACAUUGAUUACCUAAUGUUGACGGACACGCAGAUAAAGAAUCCGGAGAAAAAGUAUCCCCCCGGCUCAGUACUGGAUUGCCGCGUGACGUACGUGGUGCCUCAGAGAAAGAUUAUCAACCUCACGAGUAAGAAGCUCCUGGUCAAAUCACCAUACCCAAUUGUCUCGGAAUAUGACCCUAAGUUGGUAGGCACUGUGUCAGAGGGGUGUGUUGUGCGCAUCAACCAAUCUGGCUUGCUGGUAGCUAUGUACAAUGAUGUGAAGGGCUUUGUACCUAAGAGCCAGGCCACCUCAAGAAAGGUGACCAGUCUGGAUGCUCUCUUCACUCUGGGGCAGGUUGUCAAGUUCCGUGUCAUCACUGUGGAGCCGGAGAAAAGGAAUAUGACACUGACUCUGCGCAUUGACGGGGGUUUGGUGCCACACGAGGAGAAGCCUUCAGCAACGGUCGUGGGUAUGCGCCAGAAGGUUGAUGGUGUCAUUAAGGAAAUCCAGGAAAAAGUGAUUAUUGUGACACUGACAAAUCAUGGAGUGGAUGCACAGCUCCCUGUCAGUCAUUUGCUAGAUGAUGUGUCCAAGUGUGGUAUUGUGAAGUCCCUGCUCAAGGAAGGAGAUGAGGUGAAGGAUGCAGUUGUGUUUUCCAUAGAGGAGGAAAUCAUCACCUUGUCACUGAAGACGAGUGUGCACAACUGGAUUAACACUAGCACCCCAGAACAGCAAGAGGUGCUCUUGAAGUCUGUACCGUAUCCAGCCGUUUUGCAGAAAGUAUAUGCUCAUGGGGCCCUGGCCAAGAUUCCAGCAGGUGAAUGUGGACAAAAGCAUUUGAUUCACUUCAAGAACUUAGGGGAUGAAAGUCCAUAUAUUGACUGCAGAGCUGUGGGAUUGCAUCCGGGUCAGACUUUGUGGGUGGAGUCGGAAGGUGUUGACAAAAUGGGACGCCAGAUUCUCUCCUGCCUGCACACCAGGAAUGUCCAAAGGAGGGCAGUUCAGCAUAGCAUUCAGCCAUUAUAUAGUCGUUUACUCAACUUGAAAAUGGUUAAGGAUAUCAUCAUGAGAAGAGGAAGUGCUGUUGAGAGACAGCUAGCUCAACUCCAAAUUGGCAGGAAAUUGGGGGUCACAGUCACAGAGGUCACAGACUUUGGCCUUCGUGUGAAGAUGAAAGGGAGCCAGAUUCAGGGUGUUAUUAGCAAUGACCACCGAGGUCCCUACACAAAUGUUGUUGUUGGCCAAAAAUUAUAUGCGUGUGUGAUGAAUGUGAACUUCGAGAAAAAGUCUGUUGAUCUUUCUUCGCAGCCUCUUGUUGUGAAGAAGUUGAAGACCUCGGACACUCCCAAAGUUGCUUUUGGAAGGAGGGCCAAGUGUGAAAUCAUUCAAAUAGAAGAGAACUUCGUCAAGGUCAUGCUAACGUCAAGAGAUGUCGGUCUUGUAGCCUAUUUGCCUCCUUUGGAACACGAACUGAACAUUGAAACUAAGAACGGACACUACAAAGUAGGCGACGAGCACAGAGUAACCAUUGAGCAUGUUGAUGGCGAUAUUGUUGUAGGCGUCUUGAGAAGAUUCGAAGACAAAGACACGGAGCCCAGCUUGCUUUCAGACGGACCCUCGUGGCAGUUGUCGUCCGAUGAUGCAAGUGAAAGCAAGGAAGCUGUGGAAGACAUUGAAAGCGAUGCGGAGGACGUCGCAGAGGCGUACGCCAAACUGCUGGUAGAAAGCAAGAAGGACAAGCGAAGGGAGGAGAUAGAGAACCAAUGGAAAGCACAGGCAGCAAAGAAGAGGAAGAGAGAAGAGAGGGAGACCACAGGCGAGGAAGAGGGACCCAAGAAGAAGAAGAAGAGAGCGAAACGAAAGAAGGGCAAAAAAGGACAGAAACCAGUAGAGGCGUAACGGCAUGGUGGACGCCAGUAUCCCGCCGAUGACGCUAGUGAGACGCCGGGGUCGGGCUCAGUGGGUCAUUUGUAAAUCACAGCAGUUUCAUCUCUCAAAAUCCACCAUUCCGAUAAACAAAGAAAAAACAAACAACAACAUCCCCCGUCUGUUCACUACAGUGUCCAUCGGGGCAGCAGAUACAACGUCCUGAACUUUCAAGUUUUUUUUCUCAGUAUAUUGAUUACAAGAUAUCAAAAUUGUUAUGUUACGUGAAGUAUCGGCUGAUUUCUGUACAAAAAUAGAAAUGCAUGCCCAAUGUACUAUCACAAAAAUACAAAAUAUUUGUUUACA